AGCAUCCCCCAGUAUUCUAUCAUGUGUUCAACAGAUAACACCUAAAUUUCAAAAUAAGCCUGUUUUACUUUGGUUCUUCUAUUGAACUAGAUCACGAAAAACACGAAAAAAGCAUUGGACCCGAAUCGGAAAUUCGACUGUAAAAAGAACAUAACAUUGAAGCGAUGAAGCGCCUACAGGAUGCGAAGAGUCAAGGAUCGCGGAAAUCCCUGGGAAGCCAGAGUUCGCUGGCGGAGUCCGAGUGCCAGGAGCCCGACCCGCUGAACACCUUCGCGGAGGAGCCGCUGAGCAUGUACCAGUGGAUGCGGUGGAAGAACUGCAAGACCCAGAAGGUGCACCUGCAGGAGACCUACCCCAUCAUCCGACCGCCGGUCUCCAAGUGCUACGAGAAGGAGACCCUGGCCUUCGUGGACGACGCGAUGGAAGCCAACCAGUGCAAGCGGCUCUCUGACCUCGGCAAGCCGGACGUGGUGACCGUGUGGAACUCCACUCCGCGCAAGGACACCCUGGGAUGGUACGGCAUCGACGCCAGUUACCCCACUCCGGAGGCGGCUUCCUACGACCGAGCCUUGCAGAAGAGCCUCGAGGCCUCCAGUCUGCUGCCCAAGCCUCCGAAGAAGUCGUACAUCAAGCCCGAGUGGGUGCUGAAGGACAAGAAGAAACCGGAGCCCGGUGCCUACGUCCUGAACCGGCCCUGCCUGAAGGGCAAGCUGGACAGGAUGCCCAACGUGCGGCGGCAGCUGCGACCAAUCAACGCCCUGUCGUGGCUCCACUGCCCCGAUCCGCCGGACCCAGAGCACCCCUUCGAGAACGACGCCGGCCACCCGGAGAUCAGCAUGGAGCAGGCCAUGGACAUGGCCAAGCCGGUGAAGCCGCCGAAGCACGGCCUGCGCAGAAAGCACUGGUACUGCCCCCCGAAGUGCGGCGAGGAGGAGAACAGGUGCACCGACUUUGCGUGGGCCCUGUACAAGCUGGACCCUCGUCCCUACGACGAGGCCUUCGAGCGGGAGUUGGCCGGGCUCCAGGCGGCCAAGGACCCGGAGCCCAGCAACUACGACGAGCUGUACAAGUCCCUGAUCACCUGCUUUGAGCGCGACCCCAACGGACCCAUCGACCUCUGCGAGGCGCUCAACAAGUGCUGCAAGCAUCCCGGGGAGCCACCCAGCCAGGGAUGCGGCGAGUUCGUGCCGGACGGCCCCGGCGGAGGUGGUAAGUUGCAAGGGGACGGGGACGAGGACCGGGGCAAGGAGACGGGGAAAGAUAGGGAUAGGGAGCGCAGGGAGAGUAGGAGCGGUAAGCUUGGUGCAGGCGGUGGUGGUGAUCGCGGAGGCGAUGGCGGUGACGGUGGCGGUGGCGAUGGCGAUGGCAAUGGAGAAGGUCAUCGGCGCGAUAAGAAGAAGAAGAAGGACAGAGACACGAUCAAGGGCGUUGGCGAACCCGUCGAAGGCGUCAGGAAUACAACGGAAGAGGACAAAGACAGAAACAAAGUCGAAAAGGAAAAGGAAAUGGAAAUAGAAAAGGAGAAGGACAAGGGCAAAGAGAAAGACGAGAUGAGAGCCCCCGAGGAGGAGGAAAAGCCCUCCGUUCCGCGAAGCAAGGAUUCUCUUACGGACGGCGGAAAACCACCCAAAGUUGAUGAAGAUCGCGACCUGGUCAAGGACCAGGAAAGGCUAAGCGGCAAAGAAGGCGAUAAAGUCAAGGAUAAAGACAAGAGCAAGGACGAAGGCAAGCCCAAGGACAGCAACAACAAACGCAAAAAAAAGAAUAAGGUUCAUAAGUCAAAUGAGGAUAAGGGCAAGCCGGCGGAUGAGAAGCCAUUGAAGGACUGUCCCUGCAGGAUCUGCUGCCCACCGAAGGAGGAGGACUCGCCCCUGAUCAAGGAGAUGCGCCGGCGGGAUCGGGUGCGCCAGAUGCGCGACUGCCUGCACCAGAUGCGCCACCGGCAGUACAUGGAGUGCAGGGACCCCGAGUACCGCGCGCGCCCCCACAAGUGCAGCCCCAUCGAGAGCAGCAGCCCCUUCUGCGGCAACCCCCGCACGCAGACCCACUUCGGAAGGGUCCAGGCGGUCCAGCAGCUGCAGUCGGCCCUGCAGCGCAGGUACCUGCGAGGCGACGAACAGAUCUCCAGGGAUCUGGACGGACUCCUCGCCCGACUCUGCAACCGCCUGACCUUCAGGAGCAGGGAUCCCUGCUGAUGAUGCGUGAUGCUUCCUCCGUGUUCUGUUCUUUUUCCAUGAGUCCAAGUCUGCGUUCGAAUCUUCUGCAAGGUGUUCGGUGUCCUUAAAGCUAUCUCAGUGUGUUCCCUUAAAUAAACCCGGCUUUUUGGCCGAACUGCACUCAUUUAA